UUAAGUGUAUAGCUUUCUCAAUACAUAAUUUCCUUCAAUGUUUGCUGUUUAAAAUGACGGAAAAAAGGAAGCCUCCCACCAAGGGAGAACCUUGAUACUAAAUUUGGACGACCUUUCCUUUUACUUCCGUGUUAUUUGGUUUAUCUUAACCAUUCCUUUAAUGACUUAUCUCUUUUUGCCACUCAGGAUAUACAGCAUAUUUUGUAGACAACUUCAGUCAUAUAUAAAUAAUGAUACAUGCAGAGACAACUUUAAAUCAUGUAAGAUUUAUGAGAAAACAGCGUGUGGAAUUCCUGCUUACUUUACUUGGAUGUUCCGUAACUGUGCGCUGACCUGUGGGUUUUGUCGGUAUUAUAACCAAGACAAAGUGACAGAACCAACAACAACAACAACCACGACUCCAGGGCCAUGUGUGGAUAUUUAUAACAACUGUACCGUAUAUAGUCCGGCCUGUGGACAGUCCCAGUUUAUGGAACAAUAUUGUCGGAAAACGUGCGGAAGUUGUAUACCUACGCCAAUUGCAGGGAUAGGAAAGAUCUUUGGAUGAAGAUUAAAACUUAAUAAAACUUUUGAAUUUGAAUAAUGUGUCUAAUAUAUUUAUUAUAUAUUUUAUAUCAAUCAUGUUAUAUGAUAGGAAUGUUAAACAAUUUAUUUUUUAAUUUAUGAAUAUAUCAUCAUUCUAUUUUGUGCUACUCGCCUACCCUAGAUUUGAGUAAAAAGGUUCUCUGGAUUUAAGUAAAACCAUCUUGCAAUGUCAGAUUGUUUUAUAUAUAUAGACAUAUCAAACCAAAAUUAUU